AAUGGAACGCAAACGUAUUGGUUGAUGCAGCUCAUAAAUAUUACGAACGCCACCUUGCCUGAAACUCUUACUGUUCAAUUUGAUAUUUCUGGUGUCAGCGAUGAAACUGGAGAAACCAAUUUAGUUGUAUGCGCUCGUUUCGCAGUGACUGUUUGUCCAACUGGCGGAUGUCCUACAAUUACAACUGACCCACCAACGGACCCCACCGACCCACCAUCGGACCCCACUGACCCACCAACGGACCCCACCGACCCACCAACGGACCCCACCGACCCACCAACGGACCCCACCGACCCACCAACGGACCCCACUGACCCACCAACGGACCCCACCGACCCACCAACGGACUCCACCGACCCACCAACGGACCCCACCGACCCACCAACGGACCCCACCGACCCACCAACGGACCCCACCGACCCACCAACGGACCCCACUGACCCACCAACGGACCCCACAGACCCACCAACGGACCCCACCGACCCACCAACGGACCCCACCGACCCACCAACGGACCCCACCGACCCACCAACGGACCCCACCGACCCACCAACGGACCCCACUGACCCACCAACGGACCCCACCGACCCACCAACGGACCCCACUGACCCACCAACGGACCCCACUGACCCACCAACGGACCCCACAGACCCCACUGACCCACCAACGGACCCCACAGACCCCACUGACCCACCAACGGACCCCACUGACCCACCAACGGACCCCACUGACCCACCAACGGACCCUACUGACCCACCAACAGAUUCAACGUCUCCAACCACAAGCGAACCUCCAACGACCGAGUAAACAGCUACUAAUCUUCUAUCUCAAUAAACUUUUUAGGUACCGAAAGAAACUGCUUACACAAUAUCACGGAAUAGAAAAACUUUUGAGCGCCGCCGAAAUUACAUGUCGUGAAAUAUAUAUAAAUAUCUGCACAGAUGACAUUUGUAACAGAAUAAAAAAAAUGAAACCAAUUUGGGAUUUAAUCAUCCUUAUCAAUUAUAAAUAUUUGUAGUGUCACGUUAUGUUGCUGUUGAUUAUCUGGAUUCCAGAAUCUGGAAGUACGUUCAUAUUAUUCUAUGCCAAAUCUGCUGAUGGUUAAGUUCG